AUGGAAAUAAUUGGACAAGAACCGAGUAAAGAAUUAAUUAAUGUAGAAACAUUUGAUGAUUAUUUAAUGAUGACAUCAUCACAAGUUCAUAAGAAUAUUUAUGCAUUACAAACGAUUCAAACAGAAUUUAGAAAACAACGAUUACAUGGGUUUGAAAAGAUAUAUAAUAUAGAAAGGAAAUUAAGAGCAAAUUCAGAACCAUUAAGAAAAAGAACAGUUGAAUUAAUUAAAAAAAUACCAUGUUUUUGGGGAAGAAUUAUGAAUGUAGCUGAUUUAAAUUAUAAUAAUUUAGGAGAUGCAAAUGCAAUUCGAUAUUUAACAGAAGUUAUAGUAGAAGAUAUGCCAUUAACAAUAUGUUUUUUAGGAGAUAAUAAAACACCUGCACUUUCUGUUCUUCAUCGAGUUCGAUUUAUUUUUCAACCAAAUCAACUUAUGAAAACUACAGAAGCAGUAAAAAUUAUUUCAUAUAAAGUUUGUGGAUGGAAUAAUCCAGAAAUGGAAAUGUUAGAACCAGAAGUAGAAACUGAAAUUCCUAUUGUUUGGAUGCCAGGAAAAGAUCCUCGAGUUUCUAGACCAUUUAAAAAAAGAAAUAGAAUUGAAGGAAUUGCUUCUCAACAACAAAAAGUAAUUCCAAGUUUCUUUCAUUUGUUUGAUGAUUUAAAACAUGAAGAAGAAGAUGGUGAAUAUUCUCAAGUUAUUGAAAAACAAAAAGAAGAAGAUAGAAAGAUGCAAUUUAAAAUAUUAAUGGGAUUUGUCAAUGAAUUUGUUGAUCAAGCUAUCUCUUAUUUUGAUGAGAGUAUUCCUAAUAGAGCUCAUCCAGAAGAUUAUUUUGAUGACCUCGAUGGUAUUGAAGAAGAUACUGAUGAAGAGUUUUUAGAAAGAAUGGAAGAAGAAGAAAUCCCAGACCAUCUUCAAAAUCCACCUGAUUGUAAUGCUCAGUAA